CUGAAAUUAGGAAUUGCAGCAUCUUUUCUCGAUCUGUGACUUGAAAUGAGUGGAGACCUCUUCAGCACUCCAAGGUUCAUCUGCGAACUUCAAACCUCAACUUCUUCUCAAUUUGUCCUGCGACAGUUUUAGAAACGACUUAAUUAAUCAGCUUUCAUGGAGCUGUCAUGGAAACUAAGUAAGGAUGCAGGCAAGUUCAACUUGGACGCCAAGUGCUCGUCGGCCAAUAUGGCCAUCCAUCCGGUCCUCCUGUUCAUCAUUCUUGAACCAGAUGUCUUACACCGCAAGAGAUCGAAAUUCCAUUCAUAAAUUCAGUGCGUAACGGAGUAAAACCGAUCCAUAUCCAAAGCUUGAAGCAAGCACCAAUCUUUCCUCAUUCAGUCAUCCGACCAUCUUUACGGGUUGACAUUAUUAUAAGUUAUACAGCUCAGACUUCAGUAUGAAGAUGUGAGGCAUUAGCUGCCCUGUAUCGAUAGCUCAGAUAUAUGCAACUAUAUUAGAGAUAUAAAGAAGUUGUGCUCGAUUUAGUGAUUGGGGUUUAAUACUAUGUGCUUGGACGGUUUCCAACUUUUGAGUGCCGAGACAUUCAAGCCAGUAGCGGGAAGUGGCAAUUAUCUGGUAAGGUAUAAGAUCAUGUUAUUACAAAUUAAGUCAAAUAGGUGUUUUCAAUUAACGCUAGAUUUGGUUGAUCUUCGAUUCGCUGAUAUAUGUCCAUUGGAGAGAAAGAGCUACGAAAUGCACCUUCACAAUCUGAAACCAUAUUGUAGCUGCCAACCACGUAAACGGUAACUUCAAUCCUCAUCACGUUCUAAUCUGUGUGGUUAUCUGCAUUAUGUGGGUGUUUAGCAGAUUUGUUAGAAACCAAGUCCGACAGCAGUGGAAGUCAUAGACAUUCUACAUAGGGUAAUUACCCUAAGCUCAAGCUGACCUCAACUACAUUGGAUUGGACCUCAAAGUUAAAGGAUGGGUAUGAGAAAGUCUAACCUGAAAUGGAAAGCAUCGAUUAUGGAGUCCACAACAGAUUCAACUGAAGCUAUCAUAAUGAAAUGGAUCCAAGAGGUUCAAGAGCUGAAAGAGCUCUCAAAGAACAUUGUUGGUACCUUUAAAUGAGAAGUAGAAGCUCCCUAAGAGCACUCAAGGAGCUAGCGCUACAACAAAGCGCACAACGCUUGUAACAUAGACCUAAGAGGUCCCAGAGAUUGCAGCCCACUAGAUGUCGAUCUAAGAGAGUUGUAUCCAAGAGGUCCUUCAAGUUCUACUAUAAGGUGCCUGAACAUUGAACCCAAGAGGUCUAUGAAGUUAUACCCAAGAAGUGGCUAAAGAUUGGAGCCUAGAGGUCACUAAAGUCGUAUCGAAAAUUGGACCCAAGAGGUCUGAAGUUGCACCCAAAAGACUCAUGAACAGGUUCCACCCCAGAAGUGCCUAAAGAGCUUGGACCCAAGAGUCUCUGAAGUAGCACCCAUAAGAUGCAUGAACUAGUUCCAACCUGGAAGUGACUGAAAAGCUUGGACCCAAGGGGUCCAAAGGCUGCACCCAAAAGUCCAAAUUUGCACCGAUGAGGUCACUAAAAUAAAUCUACGAAAGUGAGAACCAAAGAUGUCCUUUGAGUUAGAGCCAAGAGGCUAGGUCAAGCUCUAUGAAAGCUGGGUGCAAGAAGAUCAAAUAUGCUGACCAGGCAAACUUUAGAUGAACAAGAAUUGAUCGAAGUACCCAACAUUGUUGUGGUACUUCUUCUAAUUAGUCCAAAAAGACGUUUACCUCGAGGCAAGAAAAUAUUUAUCAGGCUUGAAGUCCCGCAGAGACCUAAAUCUCAAUUUUUACUUGGAGGCGACUUUCUCCACACUCCCCAAGGGGUGUUACUUCACAAUCCAAGGAAAAUUACUUCUCAAAGCAUAAGAAAUAUGUGUACUUCUCGAGAUCCUCAUGACAAGGCACUUUUCUUGCAAUCUGUUGGAAAGAUCGUCCCUCGCAUUGACAAAUUUUCUAGAUCUUCCCUCGCUUCACACAAAGAAGCGCAGCUCCUCACCCUUUUCCGACCACGUCGACCGGCACCACAUGCAAGUCCUAUCUUCGUCAGAUGGCAGCUACACUCGCUAUUUCUUCCGCUUCCGUUUGGUCACCGUCGCACCGGAAUUGACGGGUCUCUUCUCCGGCGUCUCUUCAACAGUUCGCAGAUUGCACCCUUACUACGAUGAGUACGAUCCUAGUUCUCCGGUGGUCGACCCGUUGGCAGGCAACAAGUGGACAGCUAGCACUGGGGAUUUUUAUAACUAACCUUAACUUUCUAAAUCUGAGGACAAAAUCAAGAAUAUGAUCCGCUGUCGCUAUCGCCAUAUCAUUCUUUUUACGUCAGCGAAACCGCGUCAUUUACUUACGUAAACGGGCAACGGGCCCUACGUAAAUCGGCCGCCAUGGCAAGAGUAGGUAUAAAAGUGCAAUGUGGCGAUAACGAUUUCUCAUUUUCACUUUCUGGGUCUGAACUCUGAAGACAGCAUCAGUUGCAUUCAUAUCGGUGUUCUUCGUCCGGAGAGGAGACUACAACACCCGGCUCACAGAAGGAUGAGUCACUCAAGUGAGUUGCCUUAUAACCCAAGCAAUGAUUUGGAGGCCGGUCUGAAGGAGGUUCCUGUUGAGCGCGUGAACCGUUGGGGGCAAGUGAAACUAUAUCUGAAACCAUUGUAUCGAUUCCGCCACACACUAGUCCUGAAAAGGGAAGAAGAAAAGAAGCAGGCAGCACGGAAACUACGUAUUAGAGCACACAUCCAAGCCCUACGAGCUGUGGCUAUCUUCAAACAAGUUGCAGAUCAAGUGAAAGGGUCUGGUGAUGAUUUUCCAAUUGAACCAGAAGAACUUGCUAGUAUGUCUAGGAAUAGUGAUGUUCAUGCUCUGCAGCGAUAUCGGGGGAAAGAAGGCUUGGCAGAUUCACUGAAAACAAAUUUAGACAAGGGAAUUGAUGGGGGUGAUUUACAAAAGCGGAUAGAUAAAUUUGGAUCAAACAAAAAUCCUCCAGAAAUAGCAACGAGCCACUGGACAUGUCUUUGGGAAGCUCUGUACGAUUUUACUCGGAUCGUUUUGGUGAUUGCUUUUGUGGGUUCUGUUGUGAUGGGUAUUAUGGAAGAGACUAAAAAGCUGGGAUGGCACGAUGUAUUCAGCGUUGCUAUUGCAGCUGCCAUGUUCAUUUUUAUCACAGUCUUAUCUAACUAUACUCAAGCUCGUCUCCAGAAUAUGAUUAUCAGGGAGAAAAUGACAUACAGAUCAGAAUUGAAGGUUAUUAGAGCUGGUCGACAAGUUCCAGUUUCGAUUUGUGAUAUUGUUGUUGGUGAUGUUAUAUUCCUUGAGUUUGGUGAUGAGGUUUGUAGAUUCCUUAAGAGUUAAUCCUGAAACACACCAUAACUGAUUUAUUGUUUAUUUAGUUUGUGUUGAAGGAAAAUCAAGUUUAGUGUGCCUUAUCAAACUAGGAAUAGGAAUAGGAGAGAAGGUUCUAGAUUUCCCAAUCCUACACGGAUUGGUAUUCCUUGUAACAUUAGAUUAUGCACUUUGUAAUCCCUAUAUAUAGGGCUC